UAAAACGCACCGCGCAGGCGUCCCUCGAGUAAAAAAGAAUCUCCAAGCCAGACGACCACAGUUGCCGAGAGACCUCAAACUGUAUCGUUAGGGAAAUGGCGAACCGUAAUCCUACCAUCAAGUACACCAAGUUGUUCAUCAACAACGAAUGGGUGGAUGCAGAGAGUGGAAAAAAAUUCCAGACCAUUAAUCCUGCAACCGAGACUGUCAUUGCAGAAAUUUCCGAAGCUGACAAGGCUGACGUUGACAAGGCAGUUUCAGCAGCUAGAAAAGCAUUUGCAAGAGGUUCGCCAUGGCGAACAAUGGAUGCUUCGGCCAGAGGAAAUCUCAUGAAUAAACUUGCGGAUUUAAUCGACAGAGACAGCCAACAUCUGGCGAAUUUGGAGUCUUUGGAUAACGGCAAGUCCUUCGCCGCUUCUCUUUUCGACAUACAGAUAAGCGCCACAGUUUUUCGUUACUACGCAGGAUGGUCCGACAAGAUUCACGGAAGCACUAUACCCGCGGACGGCAACUCGUUCACCCUGACGCGAAAGGAGCCGAUCGGGGUUGUUGGACAAAUCAUACCCUGGAAUUACCCGCUACUAAUGCUAACGUGGAAAUGGGCACCGGCCCUAGCAGCAGGAUGUACAAUCGUCCUGAAACCCGCUGAACAAACACCCUUGACCGCACUACACGCUGCAGCACUGGUAAAGGAAGCCGGUUUUCCUCCAGGAGUUGUUAACGUCCUUCCAGGAUACGGGCCAACCGCAGGAGCAGCGAUAGCUGAACACCCUGACAUAAAUAAAGUCGCUUUCACUGGCUCCACGGAGGUUGGCCAUUUGAUCCUGGCCGCGUCGGCGAAGUCAAAUUUGAAACGAGUCGGCUUGGAACUCGGAGGAAAGAGCCCGGUGGUCGUUUUCGACGACGUCGAUGUCAACGAAGCCGCGGAAAUUGCUCACGUGGCACUAUUUGAUAAUCAUGGACAAAGCUGCUGCGCCGGUUCGCGGACUUACGUUCAGUCCGGUAUUUACGACGCGUUUGUAGCCCGGGCUAAGGAACUUGCCGAGAACAAGAAGGUCGGGGAUCCGUUUGCCCCGGGAACUGAGCAGGGACCGCAAAUCGACAAGGAAAUAUUUGACAAGAUUACAGACCUUGUAGAGUCCGGCAAAAAGGAGGGAGCCGUUUUGAAAACUGGAGGAGAACGCUUAGGAAACGUUGGAUUUUUCUUCAAGCCCACCGUAUUUGCUGACGCUACUGACGAUAUGAGAAUCGCGAAAGAGGAGAUAUUCGGACCUGUCCAAACGAUCUUAAAAUUUGAAACGCUUGAGGAAAUUAUCGAUCGUGCAAAUAACACGACAUACGGUCUCGCCGCAGCUGUCCUGACAAAAGACAUUGACAAGGCUCUGACUUUCGCGAAGGCGGUCGAGGCUGGAAGCGUAUGGAUCAAUUGUUACGAUGCUAUUACACCUCAAACCCCGUUCGGUGGUUAUAAGAAAUCCGGAAUCGGACGAGAACUUGGAGAAGAUGGACUACAAGAGUAUCUCGAAACCAAGACGAUUUCAAUCAAGACAUCUACCAAAAACUGAAACUACCAAAGACCAUAUAUUAUCUACAAAGUAUUUAACAUAAAUAUACAUAUAUUUUGUAAUACCAACCCCUAAACCCAAACCAAUAAACAUCAGAUAUAUUGGCAAUAAAAUAUUGUUGAAUACGAA